GAGGAACUGGCAGACCCAGACAGACAGCACACCUCCUCCUCCUCCUGUCCAUCCCCGGUCCCCUGGUGCACUGAGGUAACACCCAGCCCUGGCUGUGCCGCAUAGCCAGGGGCAAAACUGCACUUUCUGGCACAAGCUGCCAUGCCCUGUGUGUGUGGGGGGUGAGGGUGUAUGCAGUGUGUAUCUAACUCAGUCAUCCACCUCCCAUCUGCCCCUGCACUAUAAUCGCUGCCACUGAUCUAAUGAUUGUGUUCCUGGCUGCCCUGCCAUAGCUCUGCUGUACGCUGGAGACACUGGGGUAAUGAUUGUGUUCCUGGCUGCCCUGCCAUAGCUCUGCUGUACGCUGGAGACACUGGGUUUAAUAUUAGGAGACAGACACAGGAUUUCCCCACCUUUAAUCUCAUACAGUAGGGCGAGUAGGCUUAUAUUGGGGCCAGUCAAAGAAGGUCAGACCAAGAUCUGCAUUUUUGUUGUGGAUGUCAAAACAAAUAAUUUAGUCCAUGAGGGGGAAGGGCAUCAUACUGUUAAUCUCGAGUCUUACUGUUGUGAUUUUAUUAAUACAGUAAACUGUUCUGUACCUGGAAAUAGGACUAUGUUUACGUGUAGACGUUCAAUUGAUUAGGAUUGUUUUAGGAGGAUUGGGGAGAUUCUUACCAGAGGCUGUUCAGAUGCCCACCCUUUGUAAAUAUUGACCAUGAAUAGAUUGUCCAAGAUCUUAUGAAGACAUAGGAUACUUUGUCAUCUUGGAUAGUAUGUUUUUUGUUAGAAUACUUUAUAUAAAUGAACCUUUUAGGAUUCCCUCAGUCUCCUUGGUUAACAGAGGGUGAAGAAGGGGAGGAGCUAUGGAUGGGCUAGUUAACUUGCCUUUUGCUGCCCUCUGCUGGUGGUCAGUGAGACGUUGGGCUGAAUGAUCGUCACUAAACCUUGCCCUUUCUGUUUCUAAGUUCAUUUUGCACCAUACUCAUUGAGCGUCACCUAUUUGUGGUAUAAAUUCCUUAACCAAACUUGUGAAACAGCGUGUUAUCCACACAGACACACACACACACACACACACACACACACCACAGACAUCCUAACACUAAGCAGAGAGUGGUUUAUGUUAUCUAGUGAAUGAACAGUGAGUCAGUGUGUGUGUGGUAGUGAGCUGUCCUUGCAGCCCGUCACACGCAGCCCCACCCUCACACAGCCCUGGCUUUAUUUCUGUUUGCUGGACACUCCUCCUUUUGAGUUUGAGUUGUAUUGUUCUGAAGAGUAACUCAGUCAAGUUCAAAAAGACAAAGAAGAACCGGACUGUCGUUCCAGCUGUCGAGUGGAGGACAUAAGACACAGGCUGCCAACUCCUGGUGAGAAUAGUAAAGGAUCUCUUUACUUUUCCCGUUACUCUGUCUCACACUCAACGGGAGGAUCUAGUAGAAUAAUGCCCGUUUAGUUUAGUGUUGGUUUGCUGACAUUAGCCGUCUUUCAUAGGAUGAAAGACGUUGUUCUGUAAUGACAGACCUCUUUUGUGGCUGCGGAGAAGUUUGAUCAUAAUAAUUGGAUCAGCUUUUAUUUGCUGUGUCUGUGGUUCCUUCCCUUAGUGUCGUCCUGUUUCACCAAGCUGUGUGUGGGGAGUGUGACCCUGCUAAGGGAUUGUUGUGAUGGACAUGAUAGCUAUGAUGUAUGAUAUGACCCAGUCCCCUGUUAUUAGACUGUGUCGAUACAUGACAUGAAGGGAUAUGUACUGUAGCACACCUGUUGCACAUAAUGAGUGUCUGUUGAAUGGUUGAUAGUUGGCCAAAUGAAUGAAUGGGUGGAGGAGUGAACAUGUGAAUGAGAAGGCUAGGCCUAUGUGUUUGCUAACUCUUAUUAGGCUGAGAUGAUUGACACAAAACUAGAAUUGAUAUAGAGGCGUGAUCUAAGAGAUAUGUGGAUUUGUAUCUCUAUAUUGGCGGCAGGUAGCCUAGUGGUUAGCGUUGGGCCAGUAACGGAAAGGUUGCUUGUUCAAUCCCUGCCCUUGAGCAAGGCACUUAACCCUAAUCUCUCCAGGGUCGCUGUCAAUAAUGGCUGAUCCCUGGCCAUGACCACUCUCUGAGGGUGUCUCAGGAGGAGUGGGAUAUGCAAAAAAACACAUUUCCAUUUCGCCAUAAUUGUACAGAUUAAGAGAUUGUACAUGUGUGAAACAGUUUUGUACAUAUGUGAAACAGGACAAAUAUAAGCACCCCCUAUUUGACUAGCUUUUGGCAGUAUACCGUACUGUAUAACGGGAUAUUUGGAAAUAGCCACGGUAUGGUUUUUCAAUACUGUCAAUACCGUUAACUAUUUCUAUGAAGUUUUUCAAUACAUUUUAAUAUUUGUAGCUACUUUUUAAGUAAAUAUCUGCAGUCAACUUGUGCAAUACGUUAGGGCAUGAAGCAUAUCGCUUUCUUCAUUUCACCUAUCACAUUAUUUUACAUUCUGAAGCUUACUGUAGUUCCCCAGAACAGUUGAGCCAGUCACGUGUGUUUGUUUGUAAAAGGCACAACAGGAGAAAGCAGGAGCAGGUGAGUCCAGCUGUGUAUUGACAGGGGUCGCGUGUAUUGACUUUAUAUUGAAAGUCAACAGUGUUUGUUUGCUUCUAUAGUGAUCAGGGACGUGCAACUAUAGUUUUCCUUCACAGAACACACUCGGCAGAAAAUAGCUUCAUUUUCAUCAGAUGACAACAAUGGAAAACCAAGGCCUUUUUUUUUUUGCGGUGCAUGCAUGGCUUCAUAUUUCUAAUGUUUAUCAUCGAAAGAAUAUAGCCAGCUACAUUUCCUAAUGUUUUGCUUAAAGUUAAUCUUGCAUUUUACCAGAGAACGCUGGCUAGACCGCGAAAAGGAGCUUCACGUCAGUCAGAGCGCUGUCUGCUUAUAGAAUGCCCCUUGGUGAAUUCUCAUCCCAGUGGAGAAGUGCAACUGAAGCACAUUUAGUCUGAUGCCGAGCAGAAAUUACAAGAAGCAUUUUAGAUCUACUUUUACAAAACGCAGCAAGAUAUUUAUUAGGCAUUUUAUGCCUUAACUUGCUAGUUAUCUAAGUGGCUGAAUGAAUAAAAUGACGGGGCAUCAUAUUGUGUUAGCUUAUUGCCGUGUUUGAUAAGUCAAAGCCCAUUGGAUGAGCUCACCGUACAGCUGCCACUGUUAUCUUGCUGUUGGUGUGUUUUUUUUUCCUCUCUGUUCUCGGGCAGAGCAGGUAGGCCCGUUGCCCUAGCGACUCCAGACUCCACACAGACACAGCGUGUACACAUGCUGCCCCAGAGCCAGUACUGUUCUUCCUUCAGACAAGCAUGCGUCAAAACUAUGUUCAUUUGCACAAUGUCUCUCGUUAACGUUCGCUUGUAAAUGUCCAAACGCACCAAAAAUGACAUUCAGUAGCUCCUACAUACGUAGAUGUAAAUUCUCUAUAACUUGUGCAAAUUUUGUUAGCAUUCUGGUAAUAGACACCCAAUGGGCUUUUCUGUGUUUUUUGGUGUACAUUUCUGCCCCUGUGUGUACUAAACCGGUAAUGGCGUAAAUCCCGGGAUGAGAGGAUGGUACGACAAUAAGAACAUCUGGAUACCGCCCAAGCCUAUAUUUGACCUUUUUUAUAUGCGAUGCUUCAUCUGAAGCAAAGCCAGACUCACAACCACAAGGGGUCAGGUGAGGUAUCCACUGUAGCGUUGUUUCUGAAAUGAGCACCAUAAGACAGAUCUCUGAUCACCAUACCACGGCCUCAGGACACGAGACAAGGAAGAUAUUUUGUCUUCAGAGACCUUCCGGAUCCAAUCAUUGCGAACUGGUAACGUGACACCAACACUGUCCUUUUCUCCUUUGAUCUGAUGAGACCCGUUACAGAGGGCUGCCUCAGUUACUGCUUAUAGAGGGAGAGUUUAGAGAUAUAAGGAAGCCCUGAUGCUAUUGUUCAGUAGUUUCAAUGGAGAUUCCCCAUGUCAGGAAAUGCACAGGGCAUCUGCAACCCAUCUGUGCUGCCUACUGUUUGUCUGAGGGUCAUACUGUAGCAAAAGUGUCAGGUUUUCCCUCUACUCUGACUGACAAGCAUCAGACGGUUAGAUACAGAAUAAAGUAUUAAGCAGGAUAAUAAUAAUAAUAAUAUGCCAUUUAUCAGACGCUUUUAUCCAAAGCGACUUACAGUCGUGCGUGCAUACAUUUUUGUGUAUGGGUGGUCCCGGGGAUCGAACCCACUACCUUGGCGUUACAAGCGCCGUGCUCUACCAGCUGAGCUACAGAGGACCACAGGAUCUUGGAUGGGGAAUAUAACUAUGACCAUUACAUUCACGAGCAUAAUGUAAGACGUGUAAGAAGAUAUUUUUCAUAGAAGUGAAGACAUUAAAGACGGCUAUUUUUCAUAGCAGCUACGAUGACGUAGGAUAUGUUGUUUUGAACAGAAACACGCAUACCAUGCAAAGUAAGCGCUGGGGGGCAUGAGAUAUCAUGUGGUCACACCACAAUGGACUGUUUAUAAGAAGCACGCAGUGGCGAUCGGUCUGUGGCCUGACAGUGCCAUGCCUCUCACUGGACAACAGCCUAGAUCAUUCAUUCAUUUCUCAACUCGACGAAUGAAAAGAACAUGCACCCUAUUCCCUAUAUAGUGCACUACUUUUGACCAGAGCCCAAUGGGCCCUGGUCAAAGGGCCCUGGUGAAAAGUAAUGCACUUCAUAGGGAAUAGGGUGCAUUUGGGACACAUGCAGCCAAGCAGCUAGAUUUGACUGUUUCUGACCUAAGGGCAUUAUGUCAUUUAACCAAAUGAAUGAAUGGUUCUUUUUUCUGGACAGUUGAGCCAGUCAGUCACAGUAUCAUACCACGAGAGUUAGGGUUAGUAUCAUACCACGAGAGUAAGGGUUAGUAUCAUACCACAAGAAGGAGACCAGUGAGCCUACAGUUGCUGGUUACAACUCAGGAUUGUUUGGGGAAAAGACAUUAGAAUACAUACCCCUUUAGAUCCCCCUUUAAAUUAAUUAUAACAUAAUAUAUUCAUCAUUUCUGACAGUUUAGAGAGCUAAGGUUGGGCAGAGUGCAGACACAUUUACAUCCACACAAAGGAGUAGUGUGAGGGAUGAAUACCCUUUUUAAAUUAUUCAUAAUAACAGAUUUAAUAUUGAUGUUGUCUGCAUGCUUUGUGGCAGUUGGAGUAUAGCAUAUAUUGCUCUGUUCUGGCUGAUGACAUUAACAGCCCCAUUAGUGCUCACAACAACCCUGUCGUGUAAUGUAAGAAUGUGUCAAAACAUUCCUGUUAGUGAGCAUUUCUCCUUUGCCAAGAUAAUCCAUCCACCUGACAAGUGUGGCAUAUCAAGAAGCUGAUUAAACAGCAUUAUCAUUACACAGGUGCAUCUUGUGCUGGGGACAAUAAAAGCCCACUCUAAAAUGUGCAGUUUUGUCACAGUCUUUCUGGCCCCUGGUCACACACACUCCCCCGGUUCUCUACCACUGCACAUUCCUAAGGCUUCUGAUGCUGAUGUCGUAAAACAAUGGUCAGUUUACUUGUCUACUGUUUUCCUGUUGUACUAUGCGCCGGAUGUGGGUCUGUGACGUGAUGGCUCAUGCCAACUCUCUAUUGCUUUGUGACAUGUAGAUCCUUACUAUGUGAUGAGGUAGUUCUUCCUCUCUGUUCAUACGGACCAUGUCUUCUCUUCUAGGAUGGCUCGUUGGGAACCUUUGAGGACUUGGCUCAGGAGUACUCUGACUAUUACAGCACCUCUCUCACUGACGUCCAAGACAGAAUGGAGGAGAUUAGGAAACGGAAGGUUGUACAAGAUGCAGAAUCAGAGAUGGUAAAUAAUAUUCUACUCAUUAGGUAUAACUUAACGGUUGCAAUUUUACAAAUCAGACGUCGUCCUUCAUCAUUAUUUAACAUCAGUACAGUGUGUGACGGUUCUGAAUAUAGUUAUAUUCCUUACUGCUCCACUUGUGCCUUCUGGGCUUUCAGGAAAAGGUUGACUUAGUCCCAACAUCACUGCAGCUUCGCUCUCAGAUCCAGGUGAGUGAGUGCUCCCUCACACACACAUACACACAGACACGCUCCUCCCCGAUUGUAUAUUUACUCUCUGGGAGGACGGAUUCCCUCAGCUCCGAUCCUGAAUAACAGACAUCAUAGAGCAGCUACGGUGCAUUCAGAAAGUAUUCAGACCCCUUCACGUUUUCUGCAUUUUGUUACGUUACAGCCUUAUUCUAAAAUGGAUUUAAUUGUUUUUUUUGCCUCAUCAAAGAACACUUCCUCUACAGGUUUUUAGAAACUUUGGCAAAUGUAUUAAAAAUAACUCUGACCCUACUCAGUAUCACUCAAGGACAUCUUGCAUUGUCUUGGCUGUGUGCUUAGGGUUGUUGUCCUGUUGGAAGGUGAACCUUCGCCCCAGUCUGAGAUCCUGAGCGCUCUGGAGCAGGUUUUCAUCAACUAUCUCUCUACUUUGCUCCGUUCAUCUUUCCCUCGAUCCUGACUAAUCUCCCAGUCCCUGCCACUGAAAAACAUCCCCACAGCAUGAUGCUGCCACCACCAUGCUUCACCGUAGGAAUGGUGCCAGGUUUCCUCCAGACGUGACGCUUGGCAUUCAGCCCAAAGAGUUCAAUCUUGGUUUCAUCAGACCAGAGAAUCUUGUUUCUCAUGGUCUGAGAGUCCUUUAGGUUCCUUUUGGUAAACUCCAAACGGGCUGUCAUGUACCUUUUACUGAGGAGUGGCUUCCGUCUGGCCACUCUACCAUGAAGGCCUGAUUGGUGGAAUGCUGCAGAGAUGGUUGUCCUUCUGGAAGGUUCUCCCAUCUCCACAGAGGAACUCUGGAGCUCUGUCAGAGUGACCAUUGAGUCUUGGUCACCUCCCUGACCAAGGCCCUUCUCCCCCGAUUGCUCAGUUUGGCCGGGCGGCCAGCUCUAGGAAGAGUCUUGGUGGUUCCAAACUUCAUCCAUUUAAGAAUGGAGGCCACUGUGUUCUUGGGGACCUUCAAUGCUGCAGACAUUUUUUGGUUCCCUUCCCCAGAUCUGUGCCUCAACACAAUCCUGUCUCAGAGCUCUACAUGUGUGUGCCUUUCCAAAUAAUGGCCAAUCAAUUGAAUUUACCACAGGUGGACUCCAAGUUGUGGAAACAUCUCAAGGAUGAUAAAUGGAUACAGGAUGCACCUGAGCUCAAUUUCGAGUCGCAUAGCAAAGGGUCUGAGUACUUAUGUAAAUAAAGUGUUUUAUUUUUAAUACACUUGCAAAAAAAAAUCUAAAAACCUUUUUUCGCUUUGUCAUUAUGGGGUAUUGUGUGUAGAUUGAGGCAAAUUAAUUUAAUCAAUUUUAGAAAGUCAGGGUCUGAAUACUUUCCUAAUGCACUGUAUGAGUCAGGACACUGCUCUGUCAUUGUGGUCUCAAGGAGAGAUGUUUUUAAUGCUACAAAGUCACGUUUCACUGUCUAUAAUGGAGACUGUGGCCUUGUGAGUUGUAAUGCAUGCUGUUAUAGUAUGCGUCUGGCGGAAAAAAAGGUUAAAAGAAUUAGACCGAGGAAUGUGUACUGUCGCCUUUUGUGGCCAAUGAGAUGCACAUUAGGAGUUCCAAACCAACAUGCCUGUCUGUGCGCUAGAAUGUGGUUCCCCUGUGUUUGUCAGUUUCCAUUGGCUGCAUGUCUGAGUGCAGUGUUCUGUUCUCUACAGGAGUCGCUAGGGCUGAGUUGCAGUAACGCCGUGUCCACUCCUGAGACUGAGAGAAGGUAAGACCAUAGAGAUGCUGUAUAUAACACUCAAACUGUUCUUAUUCUAGAUCUAUCACCGGCAUGGUCUCCCCUUUGUGUGGAGUGGAAUGUGACGUCCUUUAUAUGUAGUUACAUUUGUGUUGCUUAUCAGUUGUUGGAAGUAGGACAGUCAUAGCACUUCCGUACAUUGUAUUCUUGUCCUAGUGAAAUUAGUUAUCUUUUUAUAAACUGGGUGGGUCGAGCCCUGAAUGCUGAUUUGGCUGAAAGCCGUGGUAUAUCAGACCGUAUACCAUCGGUAUGAAAAAACAUGUAUUUUUUUAUUACUUUGGUAACCAAUUUAUAAUAGCAAUAAGGCAUCUCAGGGGUUUAUGGUAUAUUGCCAGUAUACCACGGCUAAGGGCUGUAUCCAGGCACUCUGCGUUGCGUCGUGCAUAAGAACAGCCCUUAGCCAUGGUAUAUUGGCCAUAUACCACAUCCCCUCAUACCUUAUUGCUUAACUAUAAAUUGUUGAACUCCUGGGGUUAGGUCGGACAGGACAGUCAGUGGGACAGUCGUAGCACUUCCAUACAUCUUCUCCAAGGCUGCGUCUCAAAUGGCACCCUAUUCCUUAUUUAGUGUACUACUUUUGACCAGGUCCCAUAGGGCAAUGUAGGGAAUAGAGUGCCAUUUGGGAUGCAUGAGGAAACGUGUUUCACACUUUGGCUGAUGGCCGCCUGUCACUUUUAUGAAGUGUUCCUUUACUAGUCUACCACCAGAUCAAUUCCUCUACUAGUCUACCAACAGAACACUUCCUCUACUAGUCUACCAACAGAACACUUCCUCUAAUAGUCUACCAACAGAACACUUCCUCUAAUAGUCUACCAACAGAACACUUCCUCUAAUAGUCUACCAACAGAACACUUCCUCUACUAGUCUACCAACAGAACACUUCCUCUAAUAGUCUACCAACAGAACACCUCCUCUAAUAGUCUACCAACAGAACACUUCCUCUAAUAGUCUACCAACAGAACACUUCCUCUACUAGUCUACCAACAGAACAAUUCCUCUACUAGUAACCAAUAGAACACUUCCUCUACUCAUCUACCAACAGAACACUUCCUCUACUAGUAAACAAUAGAACACUUCCUCUACUAGUAAACCAACAGAACACUUCUUCUAAUAGUCUACCAACAGAACACUUCCUCUACUAGUCUACCAACAGAACAAUUAAUUUACUAGUCUACCAACAGAACAAUUCCUUUACUAGUCUACCAACAGAACAAUUCCUCUACUAGUAAACCAACAGAACAAUUACUCUACUAGUCUACCAACAGAACACUUCCUCUACUAGUCUACCAACAGAACACUUCCUCUACUAGUAAACCAAUUGAACACUUCCUCUAAUAGUCUACCAACAGAACACUUCCUCUACUAGUCUACCAACAGAACACUUCCUCUACUAGUAAACCAAUUGAACACUUCCUCUAAUAGUCUACCAACAGAACACUUCCUCUACUAGUCUACCAACAGAACACUUCCUCUACUAGUCUACCAACAGAACACUUCCUCUACUAGUCUACCAACAGAACACUUCUUCUACUAGUCUACCAACAGAACACUUCCUCUACUAGUCUACCAACAGAACACUUCCUCUACUAGUCUACCAACAGAACACUUCCUCUACUAGUCUACCAACAGAACACUUCCUCUACUAGUCUACCAACAGAACACUUCUUCUACUAGUCUACCAACAGAACACUUCCUCUACUAGUCUACCAACAGAACACUUCCUCUACUAGUCUACCAACAGAACACUUCCUCUACUAGUCUACCAACAGAACACUUCCUCUACUAGUCUACCAACAGAACACUUCCUUUACUAGUCUACCAACAGAACACUUCCUCUAAUAGUCUACCAACAGAACAAUUCCUUUACUAGUCUACCAACAGAACAAUUCCUCUACUAGUAAACCAACAGAACACUUCCUCUACUAGUCUACCAACAGAACACUUCCUCUACUAGUCUACCAACAGAACACUUCCUCUACUAGUCUACCAACAGAACAAUUCCUCUACUAGUCUACCAACAGAACAAUUCCUCUACUAGUAAACCAACAGAACACUUCCUCUACUAGUCUACCAACAGAACACUUCCUCUACUAGUCUACCAACAGAACACUUCCUCUACUAGUCUACCAACAGAACACUUCCUCUAAUAGUAAACCAAUUGAACACUUCCUCUAAUAGUCUACCAAUUGAACACUUCCUCUACUAGUCUACCAACACAACAAUUCCUCUACUAGUCUACCAACACAACACUUCCUCUACUAGUCUACCAACACAACACUUCCUCUACUAGUCUACCAACACAACACUUCCUCUACUAGUCUACCAACACAACACUUCCUCUACUAGUCUACCAACACAACACUUCCUCUACUAGUCUACCAACACAACACUUCCUCUACUAGUCUACCAACACAACACUUCCUCUACUAGUCUACCAACACAACACUUCCUCUACUAGUCUACCAACACAACACUUCACUUCCUCUACUAGUCUACCAACACAACACUUCCUCUACUAGUCUACCAACACAACACUUCCUCUACUAGUCUACCAACACAACACUUCCUCUACUAGUCUACCAACACAACACUUCCUCUACUAGUCUACCAACACAACACUUCCUCUACUAGUCUACCAACACAACACUUCCUCUACUAGUCUACCAACACAACACUUCCUCUACUAGUCUACCAACACUUCCUCUACUAGUCUACCAACACAAGACUUCCUCUACUAGUCUACCAACACAACACUUCCUCUACUAGUCUACCAACACAACACUUCCUCUACUAGUCUACCAACACAACACUUCCUCUACUAGUCUACCAACACAACACUUCCUCUACUAGUCUACCAACACAACACUUCCUCUACUAGUCUACCAACACAACACUUCCUCUAAUUACCAGUAUUGUGAGUUUGGAAGGAUGGAUGGUCAUAUUGUAAACACAGGAGAAUAAGAGAGAGAAAGGAGGGAGGAAAGGAGUAAUCUGGGUCAUGAGUAAACAUGGUCCUAUACACUGAGUCAGCGGGGUGUCGGCGACGCCAGAUUUAGGUUUGUUUACUUGGCUAGUUACACCGUAGCUUUAUCAUUGUCCAGUAUAAAACAAUUGUAGAAGUAGUACCUCCUGUUAGUGUGCUCUAAAAUCAAGCCUAAGUCACCUCAAAGUAACAUGACUUCAUACAAUAUGCUGGUCUUGGGUUGCCACCUCUGAGAGUUGGUUCCCUUCAGAAGAACACAAGCCUUGAUUACUACUAACCAUGCGGAAGGAAAGGUUGUAGAGUUUUGGGCAGGCAGUGACUAGGCAGGGCGCACCCUUGUGGCCACCUGUAGAACUGUGUCCAGUGGGGGAUGAUAGUCGCUAGCAUCAGCAACAACGAUCAGCUGAUGUCAGAGGAGAGAGUCAAGGGGAAAGAGAGGGUGAGGGUGGGAAAGGGUGAGGGAUACAAACCAAGGCCACGUGAGGAGCAGUGGUGUUGCAGUCAGAGUUUGAAAAGCCCCUAUUGUUGUUGAGAUGGCCACAGUGAUCUGACCUCUGUCCAGCAGCCAGACCAGCUCUGACUAGCAGCAUGAUGUUUUCCCAUCUGGACUGACCACUGGGAACGGUCCCCAUUAACACUAUACUGGCCUGGUCCGGUGGCACGAGGGACAGUGCACAUUUGGUUUGUUGGGGACCGUGCAUGUUUGUGAGGGACAGUACUCAUCUGUAAUUCUUGGAGAGAAAACUCAGGAUGGAUAAAGGGGUGUUUCGUCGAAGAUGGAACAGUAGGAUAGCAGCAGUACAAUGAAGAAAAUUGCAUCGGAAAACAGGUGAGAUUGUCUGACCAGACUCUGCAUCUUCUAUUUCUUGGGUUGUUUUUUGUUUGUGCCAUCUCUUGUUUUUGAUUCUUGGUUGAUUUGUAGGUUGUCCAUGCAUACAUCUGAUGAUGGAUCAGGGGGUAAGUAAACAUUUAUUUUAAUCAAUACUGUAAUUUGAUCGGUCUAAAGUAUUACGAGGUAAAGGUAUACUGAACAAAAAUAUAAUCCAUCGACCUGACAGGUGUGGCAUAUCAAGAAGCUGAUUAAACAGCAUCAUUAUUACACAGGUGCACCUUGUGCUGGGGACAAUAAAAGGCCACUCUAAAAUGUGCAGUUUUGUCACACAACACAAUGCCACAGAUGUCAAGUUUUGAGGGAGCGUGCAAUUGGCAUGCUGACUGCAGGAAUAUCCACCAAAGCUGUUGCUAGAGAAUUGAAUGUUCAUUUCUCUACCAUAAGCCGCCUCCAACGUCGUUUUAGAGGAUUUGCCAGUAUGUCCAACCGGCCUCACAACCGCAGACCACGUGUAACCAUGCCAGCCCAGGACCUCCACAUCCGGCUUCUUAACCUGCGGGAUCGUCUCAGACCAGCCACCCGGACAGCUGAUGAAACUGAGGAGUAUUUCUGCCUGUAAUAAAGCCCUUUUGUGGGGAAAAACUCAUUCUGAUUGGCUGGGCCUGGUUCCCCAGUGGGUGGCCUAUGCCCUCCCAGGCCCACCCAUGGCUGCACCCCUGACCAGUCAUGUGAAAUCUAAAGAUUAGGGCCUAAUUUAUUUAUUUAAAUUGACUGAUUUCCUUGUAUGAACUGUAUCUCCAGUAAAAUCGUUGAAAUUGUUGCUUGUUGUGUUUAUAUUUUUGUUAAGUAUAGUUACUUGAAAUGUAAAUUACUACAGACACAGUAAUGGUUGUUAUUGUGUGUUAAUACAAAUUAGCUAGUACCUCAUUUGAAGAUUUAAUUUAGCCACAAUUUGAUGUUACAUUUUGGAAUAACUACAUUUGCUUAACUUUAAAAAAUGUGUACAUAUUUUUAAAGUUUGCUAGGGGUAGUCAUUGUAUGGGGCAGUGUGGAUUUCAUCUAUUUUAUUCAACCCUACUGUAUGUCCUUGUUUAGGAAAAUGGGAUGAAAUGAGACAGAAAAACAAGUCUUUCUGGCAGAACUUUCGGAAGUCGCAGAAAGGUGUCAUGCGGCAGAACUCAAAAGGUAUGUUUCUGUUUUGGAUAUAUUCUCUAUUUACCCAACAUAUUUCUGAUCACACAAGUCAGAAAACUGUCCUAGUCCCACUCCACUGAAACUGUGUCCCAGUCCCACCGCAUCUGAAAUCCCAGUCCCACUCCACUGAAACUGUGUCCCAGUCCCACCGCAUCUGAAAUCCCAGUCCCACUCCACUGAAACUGUCCCAGUCCCACCACAUCUGAAAUCUCAGUCCCACUCCACUGAAACUGUCCCAGUCCCACCACAUCUGAAAUCUCAGUCCCACUCCACUGAAACUGUCCCAGUCCCACCACAUCUGAAAUCCCAGUCCCACUCCACUGAAACUGUGUUCUAGUCCCACCGCAUCUGAAAUCCCAGUCCCACUCCACUGAAACUGUGUUCUAGUCCCACUGCAUCUGAAAUCCCAGUCCCACUCCACUGAAACUGUGUUCUAGUCCCACCGCAUCUGAAAUCCCAGUCCCACUCCACUGAAACUGUUCUAGUCCCACCACAUCUGAAAUCCCAGUCCCACUCCACUGAAACUGUGUUCUAGUCCCACCGCAUCUGAAAUCCCAGUCCCACUCCACUGAAACUGUGUCCCAGUCCCACCGCAUCUGAAAUCCCAGUCCCACUCCACUGAAACUGUCCCAGUCCCACCACAUCUGAAAUCUCAGUCCCACUCCACUGAAACUGUCCCAGUCCCACCACAUCUGAAAUCUCAGUCCCACUCCACUGAAACUGUCCCAGUCCCACCACAUCUGAAAUCCCAGUCCCACUCCACUGAAACUGUGUUCUAGUCCCACCGCAUCUGAAAUCCCAGUCCCACUCCACUGAAACUGUGUUCUAGUCCCACUGCAUCUGAAAUCCCAGUCCCACUCCACUGAAACUGUGUUCUAGUCCCACCGCAUCUGAAAUCCCAGUCCCACUCCACUGAAACUGUUCUAGUCCCACCACAUCUGAAAUCCCAGUCCCACUCCACUGAAACUGUGUUCUAGUCCCACUGCAUCUGAAAUUCCAGUCCCACUCCACUGAAACUGUGUUCUAGUCCCACUGCAUCUGAAAUCCCAGUCCCACUCCACUGAAACUGUGUUCUAGUCCCACCACAUCUGAAAUCCCAGUCCCACUCCACUGAAACUGUGUUCUAGUCCCACUGCAUCUGAAAUUCCAGUCCCACUCCACUGAAACUGUGUUCUAGUCCCACCACAUCUAAAAUCCCAGUCCCACUCCAAUGAAACUGUGUCCCAGUCCCACCACAUCUUUUGUAUUUUCCAUGUGUUUAUUGAAAGGGAUUGCACUAAAAUGAAAAAAAUACUGAUAGAGGUGAUAGUGUAUAGACAAGAGGUGGAACUGGGAUUUGAUCCCACACAGGCAUGAUGUGCUGGGGGGCGGCGGCUUUCUAUCUUAUCUGUCCCACUGUAUCUAACCAACCCCUCCCCUGCUACUAUACUUCUGUUUACCAGGUGGUGAGGACAUAGGUUUUGUGGCCAGUGACAUCACUAUGAGUGAUGAAGAGCGUAUCCAGCUGAUGAUGAUGGUGAAAGAGAAGAUGAUCAGCGUGGAGGAGGCCCUCGCAAGGGUAUGAUGAUGUCACUUCCUGUCCUCCUACUGUAUGAUGUGUUUUCCUCCAGAAACACUCUUCUCAGAAUGUAUAGUCCCACUUCAAACAAAGUCCAACUUAUAAAGGAUCAUAGAGCAUACAUAAACGUGUCAUAAGCACUACAUAAAUGCUUCACAAAUCAGCGAUAAGCAUAUGUCAUACUCUAUACUUUAUAGCAGGGGUUCUCAGUGGUACUGCAGGGGGUUAAAUGAGGUACUGCAGGUGGUCCGCGGUUAUUUUUAUAUAUAUAUAUACAUACAUACAUACAUACAUACAUACAUACAUACAUACAUACAUACAUACAUACAUACAGUACCAGUCAAAAGUUUGGACACCUACUCAUUCAAAGGUUUUUCUUUAUUUUUGCUAUUUUCUACAUUGUAGAAUAAUAGUGAAGACAUCAAAACUAUGAAAUAACACAUAUGGAAUCAUGUGUUAAACAAGUCUAAAUAUAUUUGAGAUUCUUCAAAGUAGCCACACUUUGCCUUGAUGGCAGCUUUGCACACUCUUGGCAUUCUCUCAACCAGCUUCAUGAGAUAGUCACCUGGAAUGCAUUUCAAUUAACAGGUGUGCCUUGUUAAAAGUUAUUUUGUGGAAUUUAAUGCGUUUGAGCCAAUCAGUUGUGUUGUGACAAGGUAGGGUUGGUAUACAGAAGAUAAUUUGGUAAAAGACCAAGUCCAUAUUAUGGCAAGAACAGCUCAAAUAAGCAAAGAGAAACAACAGUCCAUCAUAACUUUAAGACAUGAAGGUCAGUCAAUCCGGAAAAUGUCAAGAACUUUGAAAGUUUCUUCAAGUGCAGUCGCAAAAAUCAUCAAGCACUAUGAUGAAACUGGCUCUCAUGAGGACCGCCACAGGAAAGGAAGACCCAGAGUUACCUCUGCUGCAGAGGAUACGUUCAUUAGAGUUAACUGCACUAGAGAUUGCAGCCCAAAUAAAUGCUUCACAGAGUUCAAGUAACAGACACAUCUCAACAUCACCUGUUCAGAGGAGACUGCAUGGUCGAAUUGCUGCAAAGAAACCACUACUAAAGGACACCAAUAAGUAGAAGAGACUUGCUUGGGCCAAGAAACACGAGCAAUGGACAUUAGACCGGUGGAAAUCUGUCCUUUGGUCUGAUGAGUCCAAAUUUGAGAUUUCUGGUUCCAACCGCCGUAUCUUUGUGAGACGCAGAGUAGGUGAACGGAUCUCUGCAUGUGUGCUUAGUGGGACUAUCAUUUGUUUUUCAACAGGACAAUGACCCAAAACACACCUCCAGGCUGUGUAAGGGCUAUUUGACCAAGAAGGAGCAUGAUGGAGUGCUGCAUCAGAUGACCUGGCCUCCACAAUCACCGACCUCAACCCAAUUGAGUUGGUUGGGAUGAGUUGGACCGCAGAGUGAAGGAAAAGCAGCUAACAAGUGCUCAGCAUAUGUGGUAACUCCUUCAAGACUGUUGGAAAAGCAUUCCAGGUGAAGCUGGUUGAGAGAAUGCCAAGAGUGUGCAAAGCUGUCGUCAAGGCAAAGGGUGGCCACUUUGAAGAAUCUCAAAUAUAAAUAUAUUUUGAUUUGUUUAACACUGUUUUGGUUACUACAUCAUUCCAUAUGUGUUAUUUCAUAGUUUUGAUGUCUUCACUAUUAUUCUACAAUGUAGAAAAUAGCAAAAAUAAAGGAAAACCCUUGAAUGAGUAGGAGUGUCCAAACUUUUGACUGGUACUGUGUGUGUGUGUGUGUGUGUGUGUGUGUGUGUGUGUGUGUACGUACGUACAGUUGAAGUCGGAAUUGUACAUACACCUUAGCCAAAUACAUUUAAACUCAGUUUUUCACAAUUCCUGACAUUUAAUCCUUGUAAAAAGUCCCUGUCUUAGGUCAGUUAGGAUCACCACUUUAUUUUAAGAAUGUGUAAUAAUAGUAGAGAGAAUUAUUUCUUUCAGCUUUUAUUUCUUUCAUCACAUUCCCAGUGGGUCAGAAGUUUACAUACACUCAAUUAGUAUUUGGUAGCAUUGCCUUUAAAUUGUUUAACUUGGGUCAAACAUUUCGGGUAGCCUUCCACAAGCUUCCCACCAUAAGUUGUGUGAAUUUUGGCCCAUUCCUCCUGACAGAGCUGGUGUAACUGAGUCAGGUUUUUAGGCCUCCUUGCUCACACGCUUUUUCAGUUCUUGUCACGAUCGUUCAUGAACGGGUCAGACCAAGGCGCAGCGUGAUAUGCAUACAUGUUUAUUAGAACCAAAUAAACAACUACACACAACAAACGAAACGUGAAGUCCAAGGUACACAAACAACAUACCUAACACGGAACAAGAUCCCACAACCCACUAGUGCCAAUAGGCUGCCUAAGUAUGGUCCCCAAUCAGAGACAACGAGCGACAGCUGCCUCUGAUUGGGAACCACACCGGCCAACAUAGAAAUACACAUACUAGAAUAUUCAACAUAGACAAUCACCACAUAGAAAAUACACACCCUGACUCAACAAAUAAGAGUCCCCAGAGUCAGGGCGUGACAGUACCCCACCCCCCCCCAAAGGUGCGGACUCCGACCGCACAACCUUUACUUAACAGGGUAGGGGCCGGGUGGGCAUUCCGCCUCGGAGGCGGAUCCGGGCGUGACCACCACCUAUUCUCCUCCUCCCUGUUGCGCCCCUGGUCUGGUCUGGACCUCGGCGUGCUGCUUCCCCUCUCCUUCCUCCCACUAUACUCCAAGCCCUGUCUGGACCCUGGUGUGGGAGACCCCGAACCUGGAGAGGGGCUGACGUCUGGGUCUGGACUGGAGCCGCUGACCGGAGCCGGUUCCGGGCACCGGUGGAGCGGACUGCUCAGGCUCCGGACUGGAGCCGCUGACCGGAUCUGGACUGGAUCCCGGUGGAGCGGACUGCUCUGGCUCCGGAGUGGAGCCGCUGACCGGAGCUGGAUCAGGCACCGGCAGAGCGGACUGCUCUGGCUCCGGAGUGGAGCCGCUGACUGGAGCUGGAUCAGGCACCGGUGGAGCGGACUGCUCUGGCUCCGGACUGGAGCAGCUUACCGUCCCAUGGUGUUUAUACUUGCGUACUAUUGUUUGUACAGAUGAACGUGGUACCUUCAGGCUCCCAAGGAUGAACCAGAUUUGUGGAGGUCUACAAUUUUUUUUCUGAGGUCUUGGCUGAUUUCUUUUCAAGCAAAGAGGCACUGAGUUUGAAGGUAGGCCUUCAAAUAUAUCCACAGGUACACCUCCAAUUGACUCAAAUGAUGUCAAUUAGCCUAUCAGAACUUUCUAAAGCCAUGACAUCAUUUUCUGGAAUUUUCCAAGCUGUUUAAAGGCACAGUCAACUUGGUGUAUGUAAACUUCUGACCCACUGGAAUUGUGAUACAGUGAAUUAUAAGUGAAAUAAUCUGUCUGUAAACAAUUGUUGGAAAAAUUACUUGUGUCAUGCACAAAAUAGAUGUACUAACUGACUUGCCAAAACUAUAGUUUGUUAACAAGAAAUUGUUGGAGUGGUUGAAAAAUGAGUUUUAAUGAUUCCAACCUAAGUGUAUGUAAACUUCCGACUUCAACUGUGUGUGUGUGUCUGUACAUAUCUUAAGAGCGUCUGCUAAAUGACUAAAAUGUACACUACCGUUCAAAAGUUUGGGGUUACUUAGAAAUGUCCUUGUUUUCGAUAGAAAAUCUUUUUUUUUUGUCCAUUAAAAUAAACAUCAAAUAGAUCAGAAAUACAGUGUAGACAUUGUUAAUGUUGUAAAUGGCUAUUGUAGCUGGAAAUGGCUGAUUUUUAAUGGAAUAUCUACAUAGGUGUACAGAGGCCCAUUAUCAGCAACCAUCAGUUCUGUGUUCCAAUGGCACGUUGUGUUUGCUAAUCCAAGUUUAUCAUUUUAAAAGGCUAAUUGAUCAUUAGAAAACCCUUUUGCAAUUACGUUAACACAGCUGAAAACUGUUGUGCUGAUUUAAAGAAGCAAUAAAACUGGCCUUCUUGAGACUAGUUGAGUAUCUGGAGCAUCAGCAAUUGUGGGUUCGAUUACAGGCUCAAAAUGGCCAGAAACAAAUAACUUUCUUCUGAAACGCGUCAGUCUAUUCUUGUUCUGAGAAAUGAAGGCUAUACCCUUGCAAGAAAUUGACAAACUGAAGAUCUCGGACAACUGUGUACUACUCCCUUCACCGAACAGCGCAAACUGGCUCUAACCAGAAUAGAAAGAGGAGUGGGAGGCCCCGGUGCACAACUGAGCAAGAGGACAAACACAUUAGUGUCUAGUUUGAGAAACAGACGCCUCACAGGUCCUCAACUGGCAGCUUCAUUAAAUAGUACCCGCAAAACACCAGUCUCAACGUCAACAGUGAUGAGGCGACUCUGGGAUGCUGACCUAGGCAGAGUUGCAAAGAAAAAGCCAUAUCUCAGACUGAAGAAGAAAAUAUUAAGAUUGGCAAAAGAACACAGACACUGAACAGAGGAAGAUUGGAAAAAAAGUGUGAUGGACAGACGAAUCAAAGUUUGAGGUGUUCGGAUCACAAAGAACAACAUUUGUGAGACUCAGACCAAGUAAAAACAUGCUGGAAGAGUGGUUGAUGCCAUUUGUCAUGGUGGAGGCAAUGUGAUGGUCUGGGGGUAAAUUCAUUAAAAAUCCUACAAUGUGAUUUUCUGGAUUUUUUUUCUCAUUUUGUCUGUCAUAGUUGACGUGUACCUAUGAUGAAAAUUACAGGCCUCUCUCAUAUUUUUAAGCUGGAGAACUUGCACAAUUGGUGGCUGACUAAAUAAUUUUUCCCCCACUGUGUGUGUGUGUGUGUGUGUGUAUAUAGAUAUAGAUAUAUACAGUCAUGGCCAAAAUUGUUGGCACCCCUGAAAUUUUUCCAGAAAAUGAAGUAUUUCUCACAGAAAAGUAUUGAAAUUACACAUGUUUUGCUAUGCACAUGUUUAUUUCCUUUGUGUGUAUUGGAAUAACACAAAAAAAAACAGGAAAAAAGCAAAUUUGACAUAAUUUCACACAAAACUAAAAAAAUGGGCCGGACAAAGUUAUUGGCACCCUUUCAAAAUUGUGGAUAAAUAAGUUUGUUCCAAGCAUGUGAUGCUCCUUUAAACUCACCUGGGGCAAGUAACAGGUGUGGGCAAUCUAAAAAUCACACCUGAAAGCAGAUAAAAAGGAGAGAAGUUGACUCAGUCUUUGCAUUGUGUUUCUGUGUGUGCCACACUAAGCAUGGAGAACAGAAAGAGGAAAAGAGAACUGUCUGAGGACUUGAGAACCAAAAUUGUGGAAAAAUAUCAACAAUCUCAAGGUUACAAGUCCAUCUCCAGAGAUCUAGAUGUUCCUUUGUCCACAGUGCGCAACAUGAUCAAGAAGUUUGCAACCCAUGGCACUGUAGCUAAUCUCCCUGGACGUGGACGGAAGAGAAAAAUUGAUGAAAGGUUGCAACGCAGGAUAGUCCGGAUGGUGGAUAAGCAGCCCCAAACAAGUUCCAAAGAAAUUCAAGCUGUCCUGCAGGCUCAGGGUGCAUCAGUGUCAGCGCGAACUAUACGUCGAAAUUUGAAUGAAAUGAAACGCUAUGGCAGGAGACCCAGGAGGACCCCACUGCUGACACAGAGACAUAAAAAAGCAAGACUACAGUUUGCCAAAAUGUACAUGAGUAAGCCAAAUUCCUUCUGGGAGAACGUCUUAUGGACAGAUGAGACCAAGAUAGAGCUUUUUGGUAAAGCACAUCGUUCUACUGUUUACCGAAAAUGUAAUGAAGCCUUCAAAGAAAAGAACACAGUACCUACAGUCAAAUAUGGUGGAGGUUCAAAGAUGUUUUGGGGUUGUUUUGCUGCCUCUGGCACUGGGUGCCUUGACUGUGUGCAAGGCAUCAUGAAAUCUGAGGAUUACCAAAGGAUUUUGGGUCGCAAUGUAGGGCCCAGUGUCAGAAAGCUGGGUUUGCGUCCGAGAUCAUGGGUCUUCCAGCAGGACAAUGACCCCAAACAUACUUCAAAAAGCACCCAGAAAUGGAUGGCAACAAAGCGCUGGAGAGUUCUGAAGUGGCCAGCAAUGAGUCCAGAUCUUAAUCCCAUUGAACACCUGUGGAGAGAUCUUAAAAUUGCUGUUGGGAAAAGGCACCCAUCCAAUAUGAGAGACCUGGAGCAGUUUGCAAAAGAAGAGUGGUCCAAAAUUCCGGGUGAGAGGUGUAAGAAGCUUAUUGAUGGUUAUAGGAAGCGACUGAUUUCAGUUAUUUUUUCCAAAGGGUGUGCAACUAAAUAUUAAGUUAAGGGUGCCAAUCAUUUUGUCCGGCCCAUUUUUUGAGUUUUGUGUGAAAUUAUGUCAAAUUUGCUUUUUUCCUGUUUUUUUUGUGUUAUUCCAAUACACACAAAGGAAAUAAACAUGUGCAUAGCAAAACAUGUGUAAUUUCAAUACUUUUCUGUGAGAAAUACUUCAUUUUCUGGAAAAAUGUCAGGGGUGCCAACAAUUUUGGCCAUGACUGUAUAUAUAUAUAUAUAUAUAUAUAGAUAGAUAUAGAUAUAGAUAUAUAGAUAGAUAGAUAUAGAUAGAUAUAUAGUAGAUAUAUCGAUAGAUAGAUAUAUAGAUAUAGAUAUAUAGAUAUAGAUAUAUAGAGAUAGAUAUAUAGAUAUAGAUAUAUAGAUAUAGAUAUAUAGAUAGAUAGAUAGGAUAGGUGAAGAUAGAGAGAUAGACUAUUUAUUAAUAGAGAGGCAGAAAGAGGAUAUAGAUAUUAAUAAAUUGUGGGGUUAGGCACAAAACUACCUUCAUACGUCCGUUUUUAAAACCGGUACAAGUUACCUACGCUACAGAGGUUUUCGUGAGAAGACCGAUUUGGGGAUGUCUCAUGGUCUGACUAACACCGCUCUAGCUCUGCCAUCUUUCACUGCAGAUUUGGAAGUACUACAUCGGCGGAUGCAGUGGAUUGAGACACAUCCAAUAAAUAAAUAAACACAUCUUAAACUGACUCUCUUCCUCUUCUCUCCUCCUUUCCUCUCCUCCUCACAGCUGAAGGAGUUUGAGACCCUGAGCAGACAGACCUGCAGCACUGAUCUGACAGAAUGGCCUGAUGCUCCCAGUUCAACCCUGAAUGAGUCCUCCACCUCCAACAGCAAUGUAAGUGUUUACAUAAACUCAUUGAUAUAAGUGUUGUUGCUCUGUAGUCUUUGGUUUAUGGUGUAUAUAGUAUGAGCUCAUCGUGCUACCAUGUAACAAAGGCUACUGAGCUGUUUAUGCCCAUCCCUCCCCAUCUCCCUCCUCCCUCCCCAUCUCCCUCCUCCCUCCCCAUCUCCCUCCCCAUCUCCCUCUCCUCCCUCCCCCUCUCCAUCUCCCUCUCCUCCCUCCCCAUCUCCCUCUCCAUCUCCCUCUCCUCCCUCCCCAUCUCCCUCUCCCCAUCUCCCUCUCCAUCUCCCUCCCCUCCCUCCCCAUCUCCCUCCCCUCCCUCCCCAUCUCCCUCUCCUCCCUCCCCAUCUCCCUCUCCUCCCUCCCCAUCUCCCUCUCCAUCUCCCUCUCCUCCCUCCCCAUCUCCCUCCCCUGUAACGUGCCCUCUCCCAACAGGCAUGCCAUCCGGGCAGACCGCUAUUCAUCCCAGUCAAAGCGCCUGCUAACCCCUAUUGUACUGCUGUGAGUGGGUGGAUUCAGCACUGUGCUGUGUUGUGCAGGCCGCAGCUCUUUUCUGCGUGGUUGCAGUGAUUAGGGGGCUCCGGUCCAGCCAACAUAUUUCAGAUCCAUUUGGAUGGCCUCACUCGGUUUCUCUCUCCGUCAUCUCUCCACAGUCAGCCUUCUGUCCAUCCUCCCACUGUCACCCUUCUUUCUUUUUUUUUUUUUUUACCUCACUCUCUGAUUUGUAACUCCUUCAAAACCGGUGUUUGAUCUUUUGAAAUUGAUGCAAAUGUUCCUGAUUUUCCUACUAGUUCUUGGCUCCGUGUAUCUGCAGCUUCUAACUUGAACUUUAUCUUCCAAUGAUUACAUAAGACUAUAUUGUCUGCAAUUCACUUUCUUUGAGCUCAAGAACAACCGUACUACACAACUCUAGUGCUGUAAAUAAUUAAAAUAUUACUCUCAUAUUUAAAUAAUUAAAAUAUUACUAAUUAAAUAAUUAAAAUAUUACUCUCAUAUUUAAAUCAUUAAAAUAUUACUCUCAUAUUUAAAUCAUUAAAAUAUUACUCUCAUAUUUAAAUCAUUAAAAUAUUACUCUCAUAUUUAAAUCAUUAAAAUAUUACUCUCAUAGGCAUUUAGAAUCUUCUCUCUCUUUUUUUUUUUUUUACCAAGAUGCCACCUGCACGCUCCAGAUGUUGCUGUACCUCUUAGGCAGAAUAGGCAUCAUAUUUAUUAGUUGAAGAUGCUAUGCAUACUAUGAUGUAGCCUGUGUAUAAAAAAAAAAACUGAAUUAGGUGGACAUUAAGUGCUCACAGCUCCCCAAGAUGCGUGCUCACAGCUCAGCUGUGACGAGUAGAAGAUGAGCGCUCGUGGCCCGAUGUCUGCUUGGCUAUAUUUUAAGAAAUAACCAUUGUUUCUAUUUCUCCUCUGGUCCACAGUUGUAGCUUUCCCAUAUGUUUUCAUUCUAAUUAACUCUAUGGCUAGUUGUAGCUUUCACAUAUAUAGAUUCUUUCUCACUAACUUUUUUUCUAACUACUGCCCCAGGCCCUAAAUAUGAGACCAUAUAACAUCUAUCUGCUGAGGCCUGCUCUGACAUGUAUUCAUUUAGGAUGGGAAAUUCCAGUUUGCAAACCUUUCAUGUUCUUGCACACAUCUCUUAGUCAGUGCCUGACCAGGGCCUUUAAAUCGAUUGCAGGUGUACACUCUGGUUUGAUCCUUCAGUACUUAUAUUGAGCUCAUAUCCUGCAUGUAGUCUCUACCUCAAUAAUAAUAUAGUUACAGUGGGGGAAAAAAGUAUUUAGUCAGCCACCAAUUGUGCAAGUUCUCCCACUUAAAAAGAUGAGAGAGGCCUGUAAUUUUCAUCAUAGGUACACGUCAACUAUUACAGACAAAAUGAGGGAAAAAAAUCCAGAAAAUCACAUUGUAGGAUUUUUAAUGAAUUUAUUUGCAAAUUAUGGUGGAAAAUAAGUAUUUGGUCAAUAACAAAAGUUUCUCAAUACUUUGUUAUAUACCCUUUGUUGGCAAAGACACAGGUCAAACGUUUUCUGUAAGUCUUCACAAGGUUUUCACACACUGUUGCUGGUAUUUUGGCCCAUUCCUCCAUGCAGAUCUCCUCUAGAGCAGUGAUGUUUUGAGGCUGUCGCUGGGCAACACAGACUUUCAACUCCCUCCAAAGAUUUUCUAUGGGGUUGAGAUCUGGAGACUGGCUAGGCCACUCCAGGACCUUGAAAUGCUUCUUACGAAGCCACUCCUUCGUUGCCCGGGCAGUGUGUUUGGGAUCAUUGUCAUGCUGAAAGACCCAGACGUUUCAUCUUCAAUGCCCUUGCUGAUGGAAGGAGGUUUUCACUCAAAAUCUCACGAUACAUGGCCCCAUUCAUUCUUUCCUUUACACGGAUCAGUCGUCCUGGUCCCUUUGCAGAAAAACAGCCCCAAAGCAUGAUGUUUCCACCCCCAUGCUUCACAGUAGGUAUGGUGUUCUUUGGAUGCAACUCAGCAUUCUUUGUCCUCCAAACACGACGAGUUGAGUUUUUACCAAAAAGUUCUAUUUUGGUUUCAUCUGACCAUAUGACAUUCUCCCAAUCCUCUUCUGGAUCAUCCAAAUGCACUCUAGCAAACUUCAGAUGGGCCUGGACAUGUACUGGUUUAAGCAAGGGGACACGUCUGCACUGCAGGAUUUGAGUCCCUGGCGGCGUAGUGUGUUUCUGAUGGUAGGCUUUGUUACUUUGGUCCCAGCUCUCUGCAGGUCAUUCACUAGGUCCCCCCGUGUGGUUCUGGGAUUUUUGCUCACCGUUCUUUUGAUCAUUUUGGCCCCACGGGGUGAGAUCUUGCGUGGAGCCCCAGAUCGAGGGAGAUUAUCAGUGGUCUUGUAUGUCUUCCAUUUCCUAAUAAUUGCUCCCACAGUUGAUUUCUUUAAACCAAGCUGCUUACCUAUUGCAGAUUCAGUCUUCCCAGCCUGGUGCAGGUCUACAAUUGUGUUUCUGGUGUCCUUUGACAGCUCUUUGGUCUUGGCCAUAGUGGAGUUUGGAGUGUGACUGUUUGAGGUUGUGGACAGGUGUCUUUUAUACUGAUAACAAGUUCAAACAGGUGCCAUUAAUACGGGUAACGAGUGGAGGACAGAGGAGCCUCUUAAAGAAGAAGUUACAGGUCUGUGAGAGCCAGAAAUCUUGCUUGUUUGUAGGUGACCAAAUACUUAUUUUCCACCAUAAUUUGCAAAUAAAUUCAUUAAAAAUCCUACAAUGUGAUUUUCUGGAUUUUAUUUUUCUCAUUUUGUCUGUCAUAGUUGACGUGUACCUAUGAUGAAAAUUACAGGCCUUUCUCAUCUUUUUAAGUGGGAGAACUUGCACAAUUGGUGGCUGACUAAAUACUUUUUUUCCCCACUGUAUGUUCCCAUUGUGCAUUUCCCAGAAAGGUUGAACAAUUGUAAUUAUACUAACUUUUACUUAUAAGCAGUUCAAAUAACCAUUCAAAUAAACAUUAUUUUCACAGGUUUCAUUUCACUAAUUUUAAGGCUUGAGAGCUACUGACUGACACUGACUCCUGUUAUCAUCCUCCCCCUCCCCCUCUACCUCUAACUGGGUCUCCUCUCCUCCCCCUCUACCUCUAACUGGGACUCCUCUCCUCCCCCUCUACCUCUAACUGGGACUCCUCUCCUCCCCCUCUAUCUCUAACUGGGUCUCCUCUCCUCCCCCUUUACCUCUAACUGGGUCUCCUCUCCUCCCCCUCUAACUGGGUCUCCUCUCCUCUACCUCUAACUGGGUCUCCUCUCCUCUCCUCCCCCUCUAACUGGGUCUCCUCUCCUCCCCCUCUAACUGGGUCUCCUCCCCUCUACCUCUAACUGGGUUCUCCCUCUCCUCCCCCUCUAAACUGGGUCUCCUCAUCCUCCCCCUCUACCUCUAACUGGGUCUCCUCUCCUCCCCCUCUAACUGGGUCUCCUCUCCUCCCCCUCUAACUGGGUCCUCCUCUCCUCCCCCUCUACUUAACUGGGUCUCCUCUCCUCCCCCUCUACCUCUAACUGGGUCCCUCUCCUCUACCUCCCUCUACCUUCUAACUGGGUCUCCCUCUCCUCUACCUCUAACUGGGUCUCCUCUCCUCCCCUCUCCUCUAACUGGGUCUCCUCUCCCUCCCCUCUAACUGGUCUCUCCUCUCCCUCACCCCUCUACCCUCUACCUCAACUGGGUCUCCUCUCCUCCCCCUCUAACCUCUACUGGGUCUCCCUCUCCUCUACCUCUCCUCUAACUACUGGGUCUCCUCUCCUCCCUCCUCUUAACUGGGCCUCUCCUCCUCUCCUCCCUCCUCCCUCUAACUGGGUCUCCUCUCCUCUACCUCUAACUGGGUCUCCUCUCCUCCCCUCUAACUGGGUUUCUCCUCUCCCUCACCCUCUAACUGGGUCUCCUCCCCUUCUACCUCUAACUGGGUCUCCUCUCCUCUACCUCUAACUGGGUCUCCUCUCCUCCCCUCUAACUGGGUCUCCUCCUCCCCUCUACCUCUAACUGGGUCUCCUCUCCCUCUCCUCUAACUGGGUCUCCUCUCCUCCCUCUAACUACUGGGUCUCCCUCUCCUCCUAUGGGUCCCUUCCUCUAACUGGGUCUCCUCUCCUCCCCUUACCUCUAACUGGGUCUCCUCUCCUCCCCCUCUAACUGGGUCUCCUCUCCUCUACCUCUAAACUGGGUUCCUCCUCUCCUCAACUGGUCUCCUCCCUUCUAACUGGGUCUCUCUCCUCCUCCCCCUCUAACUGGGUCUCCUCUCCUCCCCUCUAACUGGGUCUCCUCUCCUCCCCUCCCCCUCUAACUGGGUCUCCUCUCCUCCCCCUCUAACUGGGUCUCCUCUCCUCCCCCUCUACCUCUAACUGGGUCUCCUCUCCUCCCCCUCUAACUGGGUCUCCUCUCCUCCCCCUCUAACUGGGUCUCCUCUCCUCCCCCUCUACCUCUAAACUGGGUCUCCUCUCCUCUACCUCUACCUCUAACUGGGUCUCCUCUCCUCCUACCUAUUAACUGGGUCUCCUCUCCUCCUCCACCUCUACCAUCUAACUGGGUCUCCUCAUCCUCUACCUCUCACCCUAACCUGGGUCUCCUCCUCCUCUUAACUGGGUCUCCUCUCCUCCCCCCUCGUAGCCUCUAACCUGGGUCUCCUCUCCUCCCCCUCUAACUGGGUCUCCUCUCCCUCCCCCCUCUAACCUGGGUCUCCUCUCCUCUCCCUCCCCCCUCUAACUAGGGUCUCCUCUCCUCCCCCUAACUACCUCUAAACUGGGUCCCCUCCGCCUCCCACUCUAACUGGGUUCUCCCUCCUCCCCCUCUAACUGGGUCUACUCUCCUCCCCCCUCUAACUGGGUCUCCUCUCCUCUACCCUAACUGGGUCCUCCUCUCCUCUACCCUCUAACUGGGGUCCUCCUCUCCUCUACCUCUAACUGGGUCUCCUCUCCUCUACCUCUAACUGGGUCUCCUCUCCUCUACCUCUAACUGGGUCUCCUCUCCUCCCCCUCUACCUCUAACUGGGUCUCCUCUCCUCCCCCUCUACCUCUAACUGGGUCUCCUCUCCUCUACCUCUAACUGGGUCUCCUCUCCUUCCCCUCUACCUCUAACUGGGUCUCCUCUCCUCCCCACUGCUAACCUGGUUCGUCUCUCUUCUUCAGCAGUUGUAUGAGCAGUCAGAUGGUGAACAGGAGGAGUAUGGGACGUUCAGACGCCUCCAUAAGUUGGUCAGCUCAAGUCGCAGGGUGCGCAAGAAGCUCAUCAGGAUCGACGAGUCCAAGAACCCUGGGUCUGAGGGUGAGACGGGUCACUGCAGUAGUCUUACGACAAGCCCAUAGGGUGAAGAUUAGGACCAUUAGUGCACCAGAUGGAAUAAUGAUGAUUAAAAUUAAUUUAUUAAACUACAGUGCUAUUCAUUACAUAAAGAUUCUCAAAGCGCUUUAAAGCAGCACAAAAUAGUCAAGCAAUUUAGAAAGAUAUCAUUAAUUGAGAUGUGAUUAGGACCAUUAGGGCAUACAGCGAGGGGGGAAAAGUAUUUGAUCCCCUGCUGAUUUUGUAUGUUUGCCCACUGACAAAGAAAUGAUCAGUCUAUCAUUUUAAUGGUAGGUUUAUUUGAACAGUGAGAGACAGAAUAACAACCAAAAAAUCCAGAAAAACGCAUGUCAAAAAUGUUAUAAAUUGAUUAGGAUUUUAAUGAGGGAAAUAAGUAUUUGACCCCUCUGCAAAACAUGACUUAGUACUUGGUGGCAAAACCCUUGUUGGCAAUCAGAGGUCAGACGUUUCUUGUAGUUGGACACCAGGUUUGCACACAUCUCAGGAGGGAUUUUGUUCCACUCCUCUUUGCAGAUCUUCUCCAAGUCAAAGGUUUCGAGGCUGACGUUUGUCAACUCGAACCUUCAGCUCCCUCCACAUAUUUUCUAUGGUAUUAAGGUCUGGAGACUGGCUAGGCCACUCCAGGACCUUAAUGUGCUUCUUCUUGAGCCACUCCUUUGUUGCCUUGGCUGUGUGUUUUGGGUCAUUGUCAUACCCAUCCAUGACCCAUUUUCAAUGCCCUGGCUGAGGGAAGGAGGUUCUCACCCAAGAUUUGACGGUACAUGGCCCCGUCCAUCGUCCCUUUGAUGCGGUGAAGUUGUCCUGUCCCCUUAGCAGAAAAACACCCCCAAAGCAUAAUGUUUCCACCUCCAUGUUUGACGGUGGGGAUGGUGUUCUUGGGGUCAUAGGCAGCAUUCCUCCUCCUCCAAACACGGCGAGUUGAGUUGAUGCCAAAGAGCUCCAUUUUGGUAUCAUCUGACCACAACACUUUCACCCAGUUCUUCUCUGAAUCAUUUAGAUGUUCAUUGGCAAACUUCAGAUGGGCAUGUAUAUGUGCUUUCUUGAGCAGGGGGACCUUGCAGGCGCUGCAGGAUUUCAGUCCUUCACGGCGUAGUGUGUUAUCAAUUGUUUUCUUGGUGACUAUGGUCCCAGCUGCCUUGAGAUCAUUGACAAGAUCCUCCCUUGUAGUUCUGGGCUGAUUCCUCACCGUUCUCAUGAUCAUUGCAACUCCACGGAGUCCCAGGCCGAGGGAGAUUGACAGUUAUUUUGUGUUUCUUCCAUUUGCGAAUAAUCGCAACAACUGUUGUCACCUUCUCACCAAGCUGCUUGGCAAUGGUAUUGUAGCCCAUUCCAGCCUUGUGUAGGUCUACAAUCUUGUUCCUGACAUCCUUGGAGAGCUCUUUGGUCUUGACGACGGUGGAGAGUUUGGAGUCUGAUUGAUUGAUUGCUUCUGUGGACAGGUGUCUUUUAUACAGAUAACAAACUGAGAUUAGGAGCACUCCCUUUAAGAGUGUGCUCCUAAUCUCAGCUCGUUACCUGUAUAAAAGACACCUGGGAGCCAGAAAUCUUUCUGAUUGAGAGGGGGUCAAAUACUUAUUUCCCUCAUUAAAAUGCAAAUCAAUUUAUAACAUUUUUUACAUGUGAUUUUUUUGUUGUUAUUCUGUCUCACUGUUCAAAUAAACCUACCAUUAAAAUUAUAGACUGAUCAUUUAUUUGUCAGUGGGCAAACGUACAAAAUCAGCAGGGGAUCAAAAACUUUUUUCCCUCACUGUAGAUGUGAUGAUGCCUUUACGUAGUCUGCAGUCUAUUCCAAGCAAACCGUUUUGUUGGUCACUUGUUUGUACAAAAACAUGACCUAUUACUAAUCCAAGUUGAGUUGUCAUCCAUUAUACAUCAUUGUCUUGACAUUCCCUGAUUUCCACAAACCUGUCCUUACUACUCCUACCACCUCCCCUGUCUCUCCCAGAAUCUCUGAGCAUGGACGGGCCUAUCCUGGGUGAUGCCAUGUCCUCUCUGCCCCUGUACUCUGGGGUUCAGAAGAAGCAGCCUGGGUCUGGGGGGUGUCACCACGUUGACUCCCUGGCCUCCUCCCUGCACAACCAGCUGACCUACGACCUUCAAGACUCGGACAGCCUGACCACCUCCCCCUCCUCCUCCUCCUUGGACACCUGCAGCAGCGCCACACACACCCACAGCCUGGAUACAGUCUCCAGCACCACCCAGCGGCUGUUCAGAGCCUUCAGUAAGACAGGUGAAGCGAGUCACACAAUUUUUCUUCAGGAAAAUUACCCUUUCUAUUAAGACAUGGUGUUGCUAUGAGAAAAUUAAAACAACGCUUUUAAUUGCUACUUAUAUCCCAGUGCUGGCCUUUUUUUUUUCAUUUUUGAUGUGAUCUAUUUAUUUGGGUUUCAAGCACACUACAUUUGUAUAAGCAAGAGGAUAAGAGUUGAGCACGUUCUCUCCCUGUACCUAAUGUAGCAGGAUCCAUCCCCAGGAGCUCGAGUCCUGUCUGUAGCCCAGGGAGCCACCCGGACACUGGCCCCAGCGGGGAGGUGAGAGCGGCGGGGGCCGGCGCUAAUGGUUCCUCCCUGUCAGCGAUAGAGGUUGGUGGUAGAGGGGAUGGACCCAGGAUGGCCCGGUCGGUCACGGAUGGAGAGAUCAGGAGAGUACUCAGCCCACUCAGCUACCAUGGCGUGAGUAGUCUUUGGCUGCUUCGGAAAUGGCAACCUAUUCCCUAAAUAUAGUGCACUUCCCAUAGGGCUCUGGUCAAAAGUAGUGCACUAUAUAGGGAAUAGGGUGCCGUUUGGGACGCAACCUUUGUGUGUGGACUGUGUAGUCUCUAUAGCUUUAGUCAGGGUCAGUUUAGCCUGGGUGCCUGUCUGUUUCUGCUCCCUUCCCAACUCCUUAUGGAAUUGUAAUGUUUGGCUCAACAAUGACAGCAACUGAGUUAGCAUAAGCACAAACCGAUCUGGGACCAGGCUAGGAGCGGUUGGAUGUUCACUCUAGUCCAAAACUAUCUUCACAAUGAACCACAAAGUCCUAUAUGCUUGAUUAAUGAACCGGUCAAUAUGUCCAUCAUUUGAAAGUGAUAUUUAUAGGGUAAUUUAUUGAUUUCGUCCUUUGUUUCAAAGAGAACCUGUAGCUUUGGCGGGUUUGAUCUGACCAACCGGUCCCUGCACAUGGUCAACAGUGACCCUGACCUCACUGUAAGUAGUUUAACAUUCAUCUGAUUCAUUGAGGUUUUCAAUGCCUUGGUUUCAUGUAGGUUUUCUGUCUCCCCACACUGCGUACUAACUUUAGAUUCAAGAUGGGGAUGCCAGUGUGAAAGGCGUAGUCAAGUCUCCACUGACAAACCCUCGAAUCUCUUUGGGGAAGAAAGUGAAGUCGGUAAAAGAGACCAUGAGAAAACACAUCUCCAAGAGAUACCACUGCUCUCUCUCUGAGCAGGUAUGUCAGACUCCAUGCAAUUCAAUUAUCUAUGUAUGCAAAAUGAUCCAGUGGUCAAACCGUACUUACUCUCUAGCUAAUGUCCCUGGUGGCAAUUCAUUGGACUUGGUUCAUGGUGAUCAUCAAGAGGUUAAGCUGGAGUAAACAUCUAGUAAAUAUUUAGUAAACAUGUAUUAACCAUGUUCCUAUACCCCCCUCCAGUCAAGCCCAGACUGUAUUUCCAGUGGGCCCCAGGCCCCUCACAACCUCACAGACACAGACUCACUGGAGAAACCCAAGCUGAAGGCUGGAGGGUCAGUGGAGAGCCUGAGGAGCUCCCUCAGCGGACAGAGCUCCAUGAGUAAGUACUGUGUGUGUGUAGGAGGGGGGGGGGGGGGGGUGUAUGGGUCUGUGGGGAGGGGGGGGGGGGGGGGGGGGGGGGGGCUAUAGGUCUGUGAGGGGAGGGGGAGGUGUGUGGGGGUAUGGGUCUGUUGAGUGGGGGUGUGUGUGUGGGGGUAUGGGUCUGUUGAGUGGGGGUGUGUGUUUGGGGGUAUGGGUCUGUUGAGUUGGGGUGUGUGUGUGUGGGGGUAUGGGUCUGAGUGGGAAUGUGUGUGUGGGGGUAUGGGUCUGUUGUGUGGGGGUGUCUGUGUCCACAUUUUUGUCUUAUAUGUCCUAUAUUCCAAAGUGAAACUGUUAUUUGCAGAACAGAAAACUAGCCCCCUACCAACCUUCCAUGUUCAUUUACCAUAGAUCUCGAUAUGGUUUAGAGAUCCUUUGAAUGGCUCCUCUCAUCUCUUGUUGUUUACAGGUGGUCAGACGGUGGGCACCACAGACUCCUCCAACAGCAACAGAGAGAGCGUGAAGUCUGAGGAUGGAGAGGAGGAUGAGCUUCCCUACAGAGGACCCUUCUGUGGUCGAGCCACGGUGCACACUGACUUCACCCCCAGCCCCUACGACACUGACUCUCUCAAACUGAAGGUAAAAUGCACGCAUGCAUGCACGUACACACACACACAUUAUCCAAACGAACGAAUCACAGGGACUGUUCCUGUUUUGCAGAGAGGUGAUGUCAUUGACAUCAUCAGCAAGCCUCCAAUGGGGACAUGGAUGGGCCAGCUGAACAGUAAGGUGGGAACCUUUAAGUUCAUCUACGUGGACGUUCUGACUGAGGAGGAAGACAAACCUAAACGCACCCGACGGAGGAGGAAGGGAGGGCAGCCCAAACCCACCUCUGUGGAGGAACUCCUGGAGCGCAUCAACCUCACAGUAAUGACUUUACUAGUACUAGACUAAAUCACAGUAAUGACUUUACUAGUACUAGACUAAAUCACAGUAAUGACUUUACUAGUACUAGACUAAAUCACAGUAAUGACUUUACUAGUACUAGACUAAAUCACAGUAAUGACUUUACUAGUACUAGACUAAAUCAUAGUAAUUACUUUAGUUGUACUAGACUAACUCAUAAUGACAGUUGUACUAGACUAACUCAUAGCAAUGACUUUAGUUGUACUAGACUAACUAGCUAUGGCAGGUAGCUUAGUGGUUAAGAGCGUUGUGCCAUUAACCGAAAGGUCACUGGUUCUAAUCCCCGAGCUGACUAGGUGAAAAAUCUGUCGAUGUGCCAUUGAGCAAGGCACUUAACCCUAAUUGCUCCUGUAAGUCGCUCUGGAUAAGAGCGUCUGCUAAAUUACUAAAAAUGUAAAAAAUGUAAAUGUAACUCCUGGAGCGCAUCAACCUCACAGUAAUGACUUUACUUGUACUAGACUAAUUCAUAGUAAUUACUUUACUUAUACUAGACUAACCUAUAGUGAUGACUUUACUAGUACUAGACUAAAUCAUAGUCUAGUAUAAGUAAAGUCAUCACUAUGUAUAUACAGACGCUCACACUUGAAUGCUGUUAAUCUUCCUCCUUUUGUGAUGUGAUAUUUAUUUUCAAGUUGGAGUUUAAGUUGGCUACGUGACCAAAGCCUACACUGUCACCCCUCUCUCGUUCUCACCUCUCACCCCUCUCCCACUUCCCCCCCCCCUCCCCCAGGAGCACCUGCCUACCUUCCUGUUUAACGGCUAUGAGGACCUUGACACCUUGAAGCUUCUAGAAGAGGAGGAUCUAGAUGAGCUCAACAUCAGAGACCCUCAACACAGAGCUGUGUUGCUCACCGCCGUGGCGCUAAUACAGGAGGAUGACGGUUAGUACACACACUGACACACACACACACACACACAAUUCAUGUUGUAUGACGGACGUCCCUCUGCUGGGGGUGUUGUAUCCUACAGGUAGCAGCGACCUGGACCGUAGCGGCCAGUCAGGGGGUUCUCAGGAGAAGCUGUUACUGGACCGGAGCGGCCUACUGGGGGACUCCCCACGAGACUCUGGCUGUUAUGAGAGCAAUGACAACCUGGAGAACGGUAACGACAGCCUGACUUGAUUCUCCUCUUUCCCCAUCUUCAUCCACUUCUUGCUGCCAUGGUUCUUCUCCAACCUCUUCAUCCUCUAAGGGCUGCCAUGGGCUCCAUUCUUCUUCACGCAUAGCUUGAGCAUUCCAAACCAAACCGAGUUCUUAGGCCCCUGGGAGAGAGAGAGAGAGAGACUCUUGGCUGUAGCUCGUCACUGCAUUGACGCUUAUCUUUCAUCUUUUUUUAUUUCAAUGUGACUUUCUUCUGUUUUUCUGCAUCGUGGGAGUAAAGGACUCUUACCACCUGACAGUCCUCUUACCAUCAACUCUGCACUCUACUGUGCUCCAUCUGCAGGCAUCUAUAGUCAUCUGGGCCUGUAUUCAGUGUCUCCGGAUAGGACUGCUGAUAUUGGAUCAGUUUUGCCUCUUUAGAUCUGAUUUAAUAAGAUUAUAUAGACAGCAGGGGGGGGGGGACCUGAUCCUAGAUCAGCACUCCUACUCUGAGACACUUUUUAAAUACGGCCCUGAUCUUCUGGCUCUUUUUUUUCUUUGCAAGAAUUCAUUUUCCAUUCAUCCAGAACGGAGGAGAACUGAUGAGAGGGUGUCGCUUACUCACUCAGUAACCUGUGUAGAAGAGGAGCGCUAACUCUUACUCACUCAGUAACCUGUGUAGAAGAGAAGAGGAGAGCUAACUCAUGCUCCUACACUCACUAACUACAGUAUUUCCAGAGACCUGUACAAUGUGUUCUGUAGAACUGUUUCUAGGCCUACACAGGAAUAGAUCUGUCUUUGCAUUGGCUGAAAAUGGUGACUGCUGUAGUAAAAAUAAAAAUAAAGACUUCAGUACUACUUACAUAUUUACGGUGGAAGCUUUCUUUAUUUGGUAACUAACUUUAUUAUUGUGGUUAUUUGCUUUGGUUUAUUCUUUAAAAUAACAGUGAUGAUAUUUGAAGGCUGUUGUGAAUGUCAACAGCCCUAGUGGAGAGUUUGACAAGGAUUUUCCACACCUGUAUAUUUCUCAAGAUUUUUGCUGUUUGUGUUUAUUUUUCUAGUUCAGAACCAUAUAAUGUAGCACAAUAUUUUAUGUGCCUAAAGACAGACAUGCUUCAUGCAAGAUUCAGAUUUAGUAAAUGGUUCAAUUAUACUUGUUAAAAUGGUGGCGCAACAUUUUUGUACAAUUGUGGGUGCAUCAAAAUGCAUAGCUGUGACUGAAAGAAAAUAUACAAAAAAGCUGUGUGUUAUAGCUGAGGAUACCUUAAAAUCAGUGUUAAAUACAGCUCAUGGCAAUCUUCCCAUAGCACCUCUGAUGCUAGGGGUCAUACUGGUCUAGAUAUCUCAGGCUGCGUCCCAAAUGGCACCCUAUUCCUUAUGUAAGUACACUACUUUUGACCAAGACCAAUUGUGCACUACAUGGAGAAUAGGGUGCCAUUUGGGACAUAAGCACAGUCUUUGAGCCACUGUCAUAGUGAGAGCCCGAGGAUGGAAUAAACUACUCUGUGGUUUACUAGACCGGCCUGUCUGCCUGCUUACUGUGGUUUCCUAGACCGGCCUGUCUGCCUGCUUAUUUCACUCACCAGUCAUCUACUGCACAUCAUGCUUUAUAUUCCAGUCAGCUUUCACGAUAAAACAAAUACCUUUUUUUUUGCGUCUUUCUGCAGUUCCGUUUUCUGCCAUGUAUUUCUGUUCCUCUGAAAAGAACAUCCUAUUAAUCAAUUAACAAUGCCUGUGUUAUUACCUGUUUGUUUCAGAAGGGCGGGGCAGAAAGACGUCUUCCAUGAGCAGGUCCUCGUCAGGUUUUGAGUCCAGUCACCUCCCUUCACCAGAGAACCCCAGCCUCCCCUUCAACCUCCCCCUGACCCACCCCAGUAAGACCACCCUACAGUCCAGACCAGAGCACCAGUCCUCUACCUUACCAUCUCCAAUAGUCCCCAUGACCAGCUACAACCUUCUGAGGCCAGAGAGGGGCCAGAGCCAUCACAGAGACACCCAGCUGCUGAGGAGCUGGAGCUGUGAGGAGCUGGGAGGUAGGCCUACUCCCACAGCUCUGGGGCUGCUGCGGCCUUGCCUCUCCCUGGGGGAGCUCCACUCAGACCUGGGCCUCCACAGCACUGAGCUCCACACCCUGGAAGACCUAGAGCCAGCUCAUACAAACAUGUCCAAGGCUGGGGUGCAGGGACAGCCUACACAAGAGGCUCUACCGCAACUACGAAGACACUCAGAAGGACCCUACCCACCCUCACAGCUACUGCUCACCACACCUUGUAGUGUUCUGUCUUGUAUGUUAGUUGAACAUGGGAGUUCCCAGGUCAACAGACCUUCCACGCACACACCUCAAUAUCCCCUCCAUCACCGGGAUGUAGGUCCAAGCCUUCCCUGUCAAACCCAAACCGAUGUGUACCAUCACCCCCAGCAAUGACAAGUCACUAUGAUAGUGCCUCUAAACACUUCUCUUUAGAGGAUGUAUAUAGUUAUUACAGAAGCAGUAACCCAACCCUGCACCUCAUACUGACCAUGCAGACUCUCCUCCCUAGUCUGAAGCCCACAGGACUCAGUCUGCUGUGGGAAGGAAAUUUACACCUGUCAGGUCAGUCAACCCUGGGAUCCCUCCAGGAGGAAAGACUGGAGUCAGAGGAGAUAGAUCUGACAACAGAGCCCUUCUCUGACAAGAUAAAUGGGCUCUCACCACAUAUACAGUACUAGUAAGUAGUACUACGCUCAUGUAGGACUAAGAAGUACCAGAUGUGUCGAAGGCCACAGGCCCCAGCUGGAGGUUCGACUGAGGUGUGUCAAAGGCCACAGAUCCUA